AUGUCCACUGGAGGCAGGUUUGACUUUGAUGAUGGGGGGUCGUACUGCGGGGGGUGGGAGCAGGGUAAGGCCCAUGGCCGAGGGGUCUGCACGGGGCCCCAGGGUCAGGGUGAGUACGCGGGGGCCUGGAGCCAUGGCUUCGAGGUCCUGGGCGUGUACACGUGGCCCAGUGGGAACAGCUAUCAAGGCACCUGGGCGCAGGGCAAGCGGCAUGGCAUCGGAGUGGAGAGCAAGGGCCGGUGGGAGUACAGAGGGGAGUGGACGCAGGGGUUCAAAGGCCGUUAUGGGCAGCUGGAGAGCACGGCCAGCGGGGCCCGGUACGAGGGGACGUGGAGCAACGGUCUGCAGGAUGGAUACGGCACUGAAACCUACUCCGACGGAGGAACCUACCAAGGCCAGUGGCUGGGUGGGAUGCGUCAUGGCUAUGGCGUGCGGCAGAGUGUACCGUACGGCAUGGCGGCCGUCAUCCUCUUCCCUCUACGAACAUCCAUAAACUCCCUCCGCUCUGAGCACAGCCACGGGCCCCCAGCUGUGCUGGAGGACGGCAAUGCCACCACGCCCACAGACGGUGUGGUGGCGGGGCUGGCCGGGAGCCCAGUGGGCCGAGGUGGGUUCGCUCUGACGGCUCCAAGUGAAGCUGAACGCCAGAGGAAGAGAAAAGGCCGUUUCCGCCAGUCCAUCCUGAGCGGCCUGAAGCUGCGACGCUCCGAGUCCAAAAGCUCUCUGGCAAGUCAGCUCAGCAAGCAGAGCUCCUUCUGCAGCGAGGCCGGCAUGAGCACCGUCAGCUCUGCUGCAUCUGACAUCCACUCCAACGCCAGUGAGAGUGAGCAGGGCGCCCCUGUGGACGCAACUGUCACAGAGAUGUAUGCUGGCGAGUGGCGGAGCGACCAGAGGGCCGGCUGGGGCGUGAGUCGACGCUCAGAUGGCCUGCAUUAUGCAGGUGAAUGGGCGGGGAACAAGAGGCAUGGGUAUGGCUGCACCACCUUCCCUGAUGGCACCAAGGAGGAAGGAAAGUACAAACAGAACGUGCUGGUGAGUGGGAAACGCAAGAACCUGAUUCCGCUGAGGGCCAGUAAAAUCAGAGAGAAGGUGGACAGAGCUGUUGAGGCUGCUGAGAAGGCCGCAGACAUCGCCAAGCAGAAAGCAGAGAUCGCCAUGUCAAGGAUGAGCCACGCUCGGGGGAAGGCAGAGGCAGCUGAAGGCGUGGCGCAGAAAGCCAUGGAGGAGUGUCGACUGGCCCGGAUAGCUGCCAAAGAGCUCUCCCCCUCCUUCCACAUCUAUGGGAACGGGCUCGAAUGUCAGAGGCCCAAGCACCAGGAUGCCAAGGACAAAGACCAUGAGGUCAUCUCCACAGGAACAGACAGUCCGGAGCUGUGCACUCCGGACACCACGCCGCCUGUAAUAACACCUGAUCUCAGCCCCGUGCUGAGCGUACCCACCUCGCCCCCCCACAGCCCGCCCAAGCACGCCCAUCGCCCCAGAAAUGCUUGCUUCAUGCGCCAGAGUGCCGUGGAUGAUCAGGGCGGGGCUGAGAUCCAGGUGCUGGUGGAGGGGCGGGGGGUGGAUCUGCCGAGGGGAGGGGCUAACAAUUGGACUGAUGACAUGUACCCGGAGCGAGGGGGCAGCAGCCGAUCCACCACACCUUCCCUUCUGGAAGAGCAGGAGGGCCAAAUCAACGGCCACGAGCAAGCCCCUCUGUCCAACCACAAACCGCGGGAGAAAUCCUUGUCCAAUCACAAGUCCCGGGAGCACGCUUCCUCCUACAGAGCGUGGGAGCACUCCCUGUCCAACCAAAAGCCCUCCAAGCAUGCCUCUUCCAAUCACAAGUCAAGGGAGUACUCAUCCUCCAAUCACAAAACAUGGGAUCAUUCUUCAACCAAUCACAAGGCCUGUGAGCAUGCCUCUUCCAACUACAAGCCGCAGGUGCACAUUUUGUCCAAUCACAAAGCCUUGGAACAUAACAUGUCCAAUCACAAGACUUCUGAGCAUGCUUCUUCCAAUCACAAAUCCCAAGAUUAUAUCUCCUCUAAUCACAAUGCAAAGGACCACGUCUCUUCUAGUUAUAACCCUCGAGAGCAUGUCUACUCCAACCACCAUCCAAAGCAGCACAACCCCUCCAACCACAAGCUUAACGAGCAUGCUGUAAUCGACCAAAGGCUAGAUGGCCUCACGGUGGGCUGGACUGCUGAAAGCACCCUUAGGUGGAGCCCCGCCCACUCACGCCUCACGGAGCAGGACGAGGAGAGGAUGAAUGACUACACGGUUGACAUGAGGCUUCAGUGUCCGGACUCACAGACAUCUCGGGGGCUGGGCCAGGAGUCCCCCGCCCCCAAAAACAACAGGCUGCGAUCCCGAGGCCUUCGGCCGGUUAGAGAGGGAUCCAUGGACUCUGUACAGAUGCUGGACAACCUGAAUGUGGGGGCAGAGCUGGAGGAGUGGCCUCUGCACAGGGACCUCACCCUCUCCCCACCCCUAAAGUCUCAGCCCAUCACUCUGGAGCAGGAAGGAGAGCAUCUCACCCUCAAAUCAAACUCAGGCUCCAGCUCUAUUCUGGUGGUUAUGGUCAUUUUACUCAAUAUUGGAGUAGCCAUUCUUUUCAUUCACUUCUUUAUUUAAGCUUAUACAGGUAUGAUCUACUAAGACUUAUUGAUAAUUACAGUAUAUGAUAUUAUUACUUACCGAGACGGACAUUCUGCCUAUUCGACUGGAGCCCGCAGCCCGAGUGACGGACACAGCAGAGCCUUUCUAUUGUUGCUACUGGUCUUUCCACCUCUGUUGAAGCCCAUUUCAGUUUCUCUGAGAGCACCGUUCCUUUUCAAAAUGCUUUUUUUGAACUUGCAACCAUAGAAAAAAAAAAAAAGGUGAUUGGAUAAGAGUCACAGGAGGGUAAAGAGUGCAGCUUUAAACUAGCGCGGUGUAUCGGGACACACAUGCAUGGGUGUCCAUCACAUACGGACUGGAGAUGGCACAGGCAGUUUUGCCCAUUUUUCCAUCACUCUAGACAAGAAUAUAGCAACCCUUGUUUCCUGGUUAUCAUGAGGAACAUGCUAACCAAGAGCAUGGCACACACACUCCAUCCUGAACUCCCCCCCCCCCCCCCCUCAUUUGCCUUUUAACCCUUUCCCCUUUCAGUCCACUCCACCAGUCUCUAACCCCCCUCCCUCGCACUAUGCGCUACAUACAGAACUAUGCUGCAAGAGUAGAUCCAUUUUAAAGGGCUCCGUCAUUCUUUUCUUUUUUCCACUACGAACUACAUAAACACACACAACCAUUGCAUGAGGCUGUGUGGGGUUUUAAAAAGUGCAUUUUCUAUCCCUUUAACAUCACUGUUCUGUCUUCAUCUGACACACUCCAUCCUGAUUAUCACCUCUUGUCACCGCACCUGUUGGCAGAGAUUUGGGAAUCACUUCGCAUCCAACCAAAUCACAGAAUCUGAGCGAAAUCAGAUUCACGUUUGAUUUGUGGAUCAAACUCCAGCGACCAACACACGCCGAGACCCAUCAGUCUAAAUCCUCCAGGGACUUCCUGAAUUUUAUUGUGAGUGAAGUGAAAUUUUAUGUCGACCCACACAAACACACACAUUCGCACGCAAAAAAAAACACAUAAAACAAAUUUAACUGCUGACAUACUGAGGAGGAUUCAGCCUUGCCCCUUUGUACAGCCUAGAGACUGUUAUGUUAUAACCACUAAUUCUACUAUAUAUGUGUAUGUGUCAUUAUUAUUCAAGUUUGUUACUUUUUGCAGUUUGCAAGACAGAGAGAAUGCUGAGUGCCUCGUAUUUAUUCAUUUUCCGUCUCAAAUUUAUUUAAAACCCGACCCUGGAUAAAACACCCCAAUGUGGGCAGGCUAAGAGGAGAGGAAUACCCUUCAACAUUAAGAAAGGUGACCCUCCACCCCCCCACACACAAACCUUCCUCUUCACCCUGAAAUGGCAUGCACUGUUUUGUCUCUCUCUCCCAGUCCCCCUUUUGGACCAGUCAAAAAGGGAAAAAUGGGGUUUCUACGGUGUCAUUUCCAGACACUUUUUGGGCCGGAUGAGAUUUUUUUCAGCAUGUUUGUUUAGCCUGCUCAAUCUGGUGUCAGUUUGUGAGUUUCUCCCUCUCGUCUCUUUUAUCCAGCAACACAAGGCUACGUGAGACAUGGAGAGCAGUGUAAAAUAAACGCUAGCUUUUAACUCUCAGUGGAUACCGAAAAAUGUCCUGAGUUUAUGAAUGAUAUAAAAAGAAACUCUCUGCUACUGUAUGUUUUAUACUUCGCACCCAGUGGCAUCAUCAUGUUGUGACAUCAUUGCAUGCCCGAGCAUGCUCUUUCUUACUCUUUGGUUUAUGAGGUUGUUUCGAAGUUAAUGUGGAGAAAAUAAUGAAAUGUUUGAAAUUAA